CCAUCCCCGGAUCACCCUGACUCCAUCAGAGUCACAGCGCGGUUCAGUGGGUGCGGAUCGGGACGCGCAGCGGGGAGCCUCGAGCAUUUCGGAUUAAAAACCAGCGCCAGCUAUGAACACCUACAGCAUUAAGCAGAAGUAAACGGAGCUGUGUCACACCGUCAACACAACGCGUCGAGGAUGAACACCGCCGCCGCUACAGGAUCGGCUUCUUGCCGUUUCGCCCACUAUUUUGUUGUGUGUGGAGUGGACACGGAGACGGGCCUAGAGCCGGACGAUGGAGCAGGUGAGGGCUUUGAGCACAGCCCUGUUCGACGGUCCUUCAAAUCGAAGGUUUUGGCUCAUUACCCUGAAAACACAGACAGGAACCCCUUCAAUAAAGAUGCUGUCAACAUGCUCUGCAUGCCCAGAGGGCUGUCCUUUCGCACUCAAGCCGACAGACUUGAUCCUCAGUUUCACUCGUUUACGAUUUCUUUCAACGAUGGCACGCGUUCCUACGGCUUUGUUCACACCUUCUACGAGGAGGUGACCAGUCCUCAGAUUAUCACUGCCAUGCAGACACUCUGUCAGAUGCACCAUGUGGAGCACCACUCCUCUUCAUUGGCCUCCUCUCCCUCGUCCUCAUCUUCCUCUGCCUCCUCACCCUCCACCUCCAGUAUGGACUCACUUGCGAGCAGCUUGGAUGAGUCAGACGCCGAGUCUCUGGCUGGGGUGUCUGGCUGCCUCGGCUGUGUAGGCUCCUUCGAUCCAACGCGAGACACCCUGUAUGUGUCCAAAGCCCUCUGCCUCGUCACGCCACUCCCUUUUCUUCAAGCUUCACGACAGUUUCUGGUUCAGCUCCACCAGGCUGUGACGUCACAGACAGCCCCACCACUCCCUCUAGAGAGCUACAUCCAUAACAUCUUGUAUGAGGUGCCAUUGCCUCCACCUGGAAGGUCGCUGAGGUUCCACGGGGUGCAAGGGCCCAUCCUUUGCCAGCGGCCCGGGCCAGGUGAGCUUCCUUUGGGGGAGUAUCCUCUUGGAGAUGCGUUCUCCCUCCUGGGUGUGGACAGCAUGGUGAAACUACUUACCUGUGCACUUCUGGAGACACAAGUCCUGCUUUACUCUUCAGACUACCAGCGUUUGAUGACCGUGGCAGAGGGCAUCAACACACUGCUGUUCCCAUUUCAGUGGCAACACAUCUACCUGCCCAUCAUUUCUGCACCACUACAUCACCUGCUCGAUGCUCCUGUGCCAUUCCUGAUGGGUAUCCAGCGCAGAGAUGGAGCUCAGCGAUCCUCCCUCAAUCUGCCACAUGAGGCUAACCUGUGCUUCGUGGACAUUGACAACCACUGCGUCGAAGCUCCUGAAGACCUUCCCCAGUUUCCGGAUCAGACUGAACUCAUUCAGGAACUGAGUGAGGUGUUGUUGCAAUUUGGGCUGCCUCCACAGGGCGGUGUGAUCGCUAAGCCCACGACCACCUCUUCCUCCCCUCGGCUAAGCAGCCUGGUGCUGGAGGAUCUGAUGGAGGACAGAAGGAACGGGAACCUCGGAGGCGAGGAGUUGGCGGUGCUGGAGAGGCUGCAGGCUCUGGCGAGGAGGUGUGGAGGAGGAAAGAUGUCAGAUGGAGGGAAGACACUGGGACACGUGUUUGAGGAGGAGGAGGAAGAACUGAAGGCUGCAAAGCUGAAUAUUCAGCUGAGGGAGGUGUUUGCAGGACGUUUUGCUGCAAUGUUUGGCAGAUAUGAUGACUUCGUCAUCCACAGCGCUCUGGAUUUGGACUCUUGGUUGACCAACCGAGAGGGGAUGUUCAACUUUGAUAAGGGUUCCUUUCUCUCCGUUCAGCCAGCGAGCCACUUGCACUUCUUGUCCCGGUUCUUGGAGACAUCCAUGUUUUCUUCUUUUGUGGAUGGGAAGGUUAUAUCUCGCUGGGCAGAUAGGGAGCCACUACAGCAGCUGUUCGACAGCCGUUUAGAGCGAGAACGACUGUAUGACACGGGGAGCGAGGAUUCCUGUAGUUGUCUUUACAGGAAAUGCACUACCCUCUUUGAAUCAGGUCAGGCCAUCGAGCACAGGCUGCUGAAGGCUGACCACACAGCCAUACACCCCCACCUGCUGGACAUGAGGAUUGGCCAGGGUCGUCAUCACCCGGGCUACUUCCCUAAGCUGCAGGCGGAUGUCCUUGCCCAGGCACAGAACACCAACAAGUGGUCCAGUCGUGUCACAGCCUCUCGUAGGUCUGAACCCAAGAGAUCCACAGUUUCUGAUCAGUCAGGAGUGGACAACGAGCAGAGACAGAAAUACACCUUUGCGAGGAAGAAUCUCCGCCAGUCUAAACUACUUGACCUGACGCCUCAAGCUAUCACUCAGACGCACCGGGAGUUUGUUGAUGGGCUGCUCAGCGAGUGUCGUCUGAAGACCAAACGGAUGCUGAAGGAAAGGAUGGGGAAGGAGAGUGUGGAACUAGGUCAGGGAGAGGCCAGCAUCACAGGCCUGCAGGAAAACACACUCAUCCACGGCCUGUGUGACCUGCUGGAGAGAACAUGGGGCCACGGUCUGCAGGUGAAACAGGGGAAGUCUGCUCUUUGGUCCCAUUUGCUUCACUACCAAGCUGCCCAGGGUAAGACGGAGGCACCAGCUGAGUCUCCAGGAUCUAACUGUUCAGACCAGAGAACAGUUGAUGAUGGCGCUUUGCCCCUGAGAGGAUCGUUGAUACAGGAUAUGAGGUUUAUCCAGACCAUGAGUGAGGGUCUGUCUGAUGUGGGUCAGGCCCGAGCCUGGAUCCACCUGGCUCUAGAGAAGAAAAUGCUAUCCCAACACCUCAAAGAGCUGCUCACAAAUCAGGAGCUGCUCCGGCAGCUGUACAAACCUCAUUCAUUCCUGCUCUGCGAGGAAGAAAGGGAGCAGUUUUUGUUCCACCUGCUCUCUCUCAACACCGUGGACUACCUCUGCUUUACACGCGUCUUCACCUCAGUCUGUAUUCCAUAUCGUGUUGUUAUAAUACCCAUGAAGAAGCUGAGCAUCGCCAUGGCAACAGUUGAUCCUUGGGUGUGUGUGUCAGGAGAGUUGGGCGAUUCUGGAGUUAGACAGAUCCCAAAGAAUACACAAGAAAUUUUUUUCCAGUGCAAGAACCUGGGCAGGCUGAGCACUCUGCAGCUGGGACAGGAGAACUCGGGCCUGCUGGCCAAGUGUCUCAUUGACUGUGUGAUGGUGUACAAUGAGAUUACAGGGCACACCUACAAGUUCCCUUGCGGCCGAUGGCUUGGUAAAGGCGUGGGGGACGGCAGCUUGGAAAGAGUCCUCAUUGGUCAGCUGGUGUCACCUGGUGCGGAGGAGGAUGCUGGAAGGUUGACAGGGACACCUCCUCCGGAGCUGGCCUCUCCUUCUCAGAGUGUGCGGACAGUCCUCGGAUCACUUGGCAGCCGUAGCAGGAUGCUGUUUGUUGAAGUACAAGAGGACAUGAGGGAGGCGGUAAAUAACCUUGUGAAGCAUUUCCACAAACCUGAACAAGAGAGGGGAAACCUGACAGUCUUGCUGUGUGGUGAAGGAGGUCUGGUGCUUUGCUUGGAGAAGUUCCUCCUCCAUGGUCUCAAAUCCAACCGACUUUUUCAGAGGAAUGUGUUCGUUUGGGACUUUGUGGAAAAGGCCGUGGCUUCCAUGGAGACUGCUGAUCAGAUGGGUGACCUGCACGGAUCAACACUGACAAAGGGCCCGCCCUGCGACCUGCUGUGCCACUACGUCAGUGCCAUCAACGCCUCUCCUAGAAAUAUCGGAAAAGAGGGCAAAUUCCAGCUGUUUGUCUGUCUGGGAAUUAGGGACCGGCUUCUCUCUCUGUGGCUCCCCCUGCUGGCAGACUGUCCCCUCACAGCUCGGACAUACGAGGACGGUGCUCUGCUGCGGGACCGUGCUGCUGUACACUCCCUCUCUCGCAUGCUGCACACACUAAAUGAGUUCGCCAUCACUCUGGAGACAGCACUGGUUAAAGGAGUUGACCUCUGACCUCUGAGUUUAGCAGCUACGCUGACGGAUUCAGAUAUUCAUCUUCCCAAGAGUGGGGAAGGGAGGUACAUUCGGACAUUUGGCGAAAUGUGACUCUGUCAUAUCAUCACGAUCAGCAAAAUGGACAGCGAGCUAGACGAAGCCGCUGGCAACUCAAGCACCAAACAUAUUGCCUUGUUCACUGAUGUAAAUGUCUUAUAUACUCUGAUUGCUUCAGGAAAUAGUCCUGUGCUUGUUUACACUGUGAAGUUCUGUUUCCUCGAGGAGAACUGGAGGGUCAUUAAUAAACUCACAUCUACAGUCAAUAUUUUCCCUGCUCACGUCAUUUAUACUGUACCUAACACUAGGAUAACCAUACCUGUCCUACUGCUGUGUUGUUUGCACUUGAAUUUUAAACUAAGCACAUGCAUGGCCAGAAUAUGUUUGUUUUUAUGUCUUUUGGUGUUGUAUUCUCAAACGUCAGUUCUCAGGCCUUAUUGUUAUUACUAUUAUUACCAUAAUUAUUUUUGAUUUCAUUUGAUAUUUUAGCAAAUAUAGUCAAAACAAAUUAUUCUACCCCUCUAUAAUGUUAAAUUUAUAUAUAUAGAUAUAUUAUGCUAUUAUUAUACUGCGUAAUGUCUGGCCUGUUUCUCAUUGUUUAUUUCAGUUUGGGGUCACAUGUGACGCAGAGUUGUGCUCACGAAAUCCUCAGUUGGUAAAACACUGGAACCAAACUGGUGUCCUAGUUGUGUCAGUUUAAAUAGUCCUUGUCAUUUUGUCAGAAAGCCCCCUCCCUCCCCUUCACCUCUCUCUGAUUGUAAAUAUUUUGCUUCAUCAGAUCUUUGAUAGGAUUGUUUCAUCCUUCCAUCCCAUGUUCCUAUUUGUUGUUGGUGUACUGAAUUUGUGACAUAUUUUUUCCUCUACAAAGGCAUCUUGUUUGUGUCUGCGUAACAACAAUGGAUCCCACUCCAGACACACUCUCUCAUGUGGACAGUAGUCAUGCUGUUUUGUUUUUAAGCUUUUCAAUUGUCUGCAAAAAAAAAGGGGGAGAGGGGGAAAAAAAUCAGACAAUGAAUAGAGUACAUGUUCUCAAAACCGCUAGGUAUUAUGUUGAUGUUGCAUCCAAUUAAACAGUUGAGGAAUUAUGAAAAAUGCUGUCUCCUGCACUAUCCCGCAAGCACUAUGUAACCCACGAUGACCAAGCCUCUGUUCUCCUUUAAAUACAGAUUAGAGAAAGCAAUAAAUAAUGAACUGUUAUUUAUGAAGUGUGUGGUCAAGAUUAAAGUUAAAAUUGAAAUAA